ACAGCACAGUGGAGUGUGUAUGUACAAUGUAAUCACUGCUUCAAACUUAACUUUAGGAAAUAUCACUUGUAAAAAAUGGAAAACUCUAAAGAGGACUACAAGAUUCAGUCUUUUGACUUGGAGACCCAGAAGCUGCUGAAAACAGCCCUGAAAGAGCCCAGCACGGUGGACCUGGAGAAGGUGUCCAAUGUGCUCGUGGACCAGUCUUUGAAGGACCGGGUCUUCAGCAAAGAGGCAGGACGCAUUUGCUACACUAUCGUUCAGGCUGAGGCCAAGCACAACAACGGAAACGUGUUCCGGCGAAAUCUGCUCAACCGGCUGCAGCUGGAGUUCGUGGCCCGGGAGGACACGCGGCUUCGCUCGCUGCAAGAGUGGGUCUGCUUCGUCACCUUCAUCUGCAACGUCUUCGACUACCUCAAGGUGAACAACAUGCCUAUGGUGGCUCUGGUGCAUCCUGUGUUUGACUGCCUGUUAAGGCUGGCUCAGCCCGACUCACUGAACAACGAGGAAGAGGUAGACUGCCUGGUGCUCCAGCUGCACCGCAUCGGGGAACAGCUGGAGAAGAUGGACGGACAGAAGAUGGACGAGCUCUUCUACCUGCUGCGGGACGGCUUCCUACUGCAGGAGGGCCUGAGCUCCAUGGCCCGUCUUCUGCUACUGGAGAUCCUGGAGUUCAGAGCCGGGGGCUGGAUGCUCAGCGACACGGCCCAGAAAUACUACUACAGCGAAGUCACCGACUAGACUGAGGCUAGGCCAGGCUACAGUAGGUGGAUGGUGUUCAAUAGGAACAAAAUGGGAUUGGACGAGCUCGGGUUGGAAUCUCCCGUUUCAUGUUUACUGAAUGUGACCCUGAAUGAUAGUAUUGGGAGAGGGGCUGCAUAGUGGAUGAUUCCAGAAAGGACACUUUUUUUUGCUGGGCUUUGCCAUGGGGUAGCCACUAGUCAGUGUGGUUAGCAGCAGGGAUAUUUCCACUAGCCAGAUAGUCGGUUUGAAAUGUGCAAUUGUAAAUGGUUGUUAAAAGGUUUUUGUUGGCGAGAUGUGUAUUUCAAUUGGGUUGGUUUGAAGCAAGUUUGACUGAAUUUCAGGAUAUUUUGUGGGUUCGAUUUGCAGUUUUUACUCCAGUCAAAUU